UGGGAGGAUUCCGAAUGUAUGGAUGGAGGUAUAUUUUGGCCUAAAAUGGCGAUCCUCCUCCUCCCUCAUCUAAUAAGUGCACAACACCUUCCAAUUCAUCCCUCAGGGAAGAUUACAAGAGACAAGAAACAAGAUCGGAUCAGUGGGGCGCCUUUUCGUAGGUUCACCCCCCUGAUUCUUGUUCAGACUCUUCGUUCUUCUUCCUUCUUUUCGGGAUCUUCUCAGAAUUUGAGUUCCGCCCAAUUCGUGGAAAAAAAAGCAGGGUUUAACGGGAAAAAAUGUCGAUUUCGGUGGAUUGGUCGGAUCAACCUCCGGAAUUGCUUGAAACAAUUGCGAAGGAGCUAA